GAUUUAGGAUUUACGAGGAUUUUUGUACAUGGAUAACCACAUUUGACGAGGUUUGACAGACCAAAUCUAGAACAUAGGGAGGCCGAAGGAGAGCAGGUGAGCCUACUCUCUCUAACCACAAGAAUGGUGCAGUUAGUAUUUCCAGCAAACUCUUCUAACCCACUUUCUGCGUUAGCCAUGUAUAUGGGACUAGGUAGAGGGCGUAAAGCAGCAAUGCAAAAAUGGAAGAGAAUGAAGUCAUACAAUAUUCUAAUAGGAAAAGAAUCAGUCAACCACAUUCAGCUCCUUUCCUAUAGGAGGAAAAGCCAGGAAUAGCUAAAAAAGAUAGGAAUCUUGGGAUAUCUUCUUCAGUUGCUCCAACUAUAGCGCUUCCAGUCAGGCUCAUAGCUUCUGUUCCCUUUAAUUGGGAGGACGAGCCAGGUAAACCUCUACCCUGCUUCUCCCUUCCACCACUUGAAACAGCACAAGCCUCGAUUUUGCCUCUGCCCCCAGUCUGCUCAAAGGGAUACCGUGAUGAUUCCAACAGCAGUGAUGAUGGAGGCAAUAGCAAUAAUGAAGAAAGGAUGUUUGAUAUGGACUUUGAAACAUUUGGUUAUGAAACUGAUGAUUCCUUCAGCUCAGCUACAUCUUUCCUAGCAAAUUGCCUCAAAGCUUCUGAGAUGAUUUCUACUGCCAUUCCAGUGCAGAAGAAUUCCCAAGGUAAUAGCAGUGACUAUCUGGAAACUUUUUCUUCGCCAGCUUCCAGAGCAGAGGGUAGUAUAAGCAGCUAUGCAACUGGCAAUUCAGGUCUUGAGGGUGCUUCUUUCUUGGAAUUCCUUUUCCCACUGCUUCCACCCAAUUUUGGUUUCCUUGAAAGGGUCAGGCACUCUGAGCAGGGCUCUCAGGCUCUAAGAGGGUUAGAUCAGAAGAGUACUACAAAUGCUGUGAUAAGAAGGCCACUGACACUUGGAGAGCUGAUUUUGAUGAGCCAAAGGAGAAGUUAUCAGAGAAAGGCUGUUCAAAUGAGAAAGCAGAAUCUAUCGAUGGUAAUUCUAAAUCUCUUGCUUCCUUUUCCAUUGCUUAUUGCCUUGAACCAGAGUUCAUAUUAAACUGCUUUAGAGCAAAAUGUGAAAUACAUUGGAAAGAACUGA